CCGCCCAGGCUCUUUAUGACGUAUGACAAUGCCUGCCACGCGUCGGAAUUCUGCCCUGGGAAGAGCCACCCAAAGCGAAAGACACGCGGUGGGGAACGCGGUGGUAUCGUGGGGCCUGUUCCAGGAAUCAUGCAUUUCUUAUCCAGAUUAGUUGUUUUCUUUUACCUGUGGGGCUUUAUUACUGCUCAGGGACUAAAGAAAGAAGAGAGCCCAGAGGAAGUGAAAAUAGAAAUUUUGCAUCGUCCCGAAAACUGCUCUAAGACAAGCAAGAAGGGAGACCUGCUUAAUGCCCAUUACGAUGGCUACUUGGCUAAAGAUGGCUCGAAAUUCUACUGCAGCCGGACACAAAAUGAAGGUCACCCCAAAUGGUUUGUUCUUGGUGUUGGACAAGUCAUAAAAGGCCUAGACAUUGCUAUGAUGGAUAUGUGCCCUGGAGAGAAGCGAAAAGUGAUUAUACCCCCUUCAUUUGCAUAUGGAAAGGAAGGAUAUGCAGAUGGCAAGAUUCCACCUGAUGCAACGCUGAUUUUUGAGAUUGAACUUUAUGCUGUGACCAAAGGACCACGGAGCAUUGAAACAUUUAAACAAAUAGACACAGACAAUGACCGGCAACUCUCUAAAACCGAGAUAAAUCAUUACUUGAAAAAAGAAUUUGAAAAAGAUGAGAAGCCACGUGACAAGUCAUAUCAGAAUGCAGUUUUAGAAGAUAUUUUUAAGAAGAAUGACCAUGAUGGUGAUGGCUUCAUUUCUCCCAAAGAAUACAAUGUAUACCAGCAUGAUGAACUAUAGCAUAUUUUUAUUUCUACAUUUUUUAGCUACUUACUGUACUUUAAUACAUUAUACAGUCAUUUUUCUCCAGGUUGUGUUUCUAUUUUUCUCCUGUGAGAUAUUUUGUUCCCUUCAAUACAUGUAAUUUUGUUUAAUAAAUGUGAUGCUGUUUUGCAAAUUUA